AUGGCAUCGCAAGCAGAUUUCAAGGACCGCCAGUUUCUGGCCGUGAUUGGUGAUGAGGACUCUGUUACGGGAUUACUACUCGCUGGUAUCGGACAUGUUACGACUGGUGGCGACGGCCAGAAGAACUUUCUAGUCGUCGACAACAAGACCGACACGCAAGCCAUCGAAUCCGCCUUUGAACGGUUCACCGAGGAGCGCAAGGAUGUCGGCAUUGUUCUCAUCAACCAACAUAUUGCCGACCGCAUACGUCAUCGCAUCGACACCUAUACCGCGGCUUUUCCCACCGUUCUUGAGAUUCCCAGCAAAGACCAUCCAUAUGACCCUGAGAAGGACAGCGUACUGAGACGUGUACGCCGGUUAUUUGGCGAGUAG